CGAAGGGGAAUGAUGGUCAUGGGCCGCAUUGCUCGCAUUUUGCCAACUCGACUCUCCAAAUCCGCCAUAACCGACAGCCAACCGAAACACGAGGGAUCAUGGCUUUACACGCUAGAAAACCCACCAAAUCUAUCAUGGCUUAGGCCAAGACAGCCUGGAUCCCAAUUCCGGCCGUUUAUGUGGCCAUGGCAUCCCUAAUUUCUUCCCCGGCACCCCCUCUGCACGUACAACAUUUAGAAAAAGCUUUGAGGUUGGAUCCCUUUUUCCGUCACGUCGAGGGAGUGUUUUCCGAUCCCUUCUUGGCGAGUUUGAGUGAUACAGAUGACAGUGAGGUAGGGGACCUUGGCAAGACCCUGCCUGAGGGAAUCAGACCCUCCCUGGUCAAUGGGGAUGUUAGUGACUCUGGAUCAUUGAUAAAUGGGUGUCUCAGGCCUGAAGAACUCCAUGUAGAUAAAUCAAGACUUUAUAACUUUACUAAAGUAAAAAAGGACCGGAGAUGGUUGAAGGAAAUGCUGCUCAGUGAUAGCUCUAGUAGCUCUGAUGAAGAUCAACCAAUGACUGAUGAAGAUUUGCAUGAAAUGCUUUGGUUGCACAAGCAGCAGAAGUUGGCACGACAACGGUUCCUGCGGGGUGGGGAGUUGUUGCAAUAUCAGCAUUACAGUGCAAGCUUGUUGUACACCCAAGACAAAUACCAUGACUCCCAGAAGCAGCGUGGAAAUGCUAAAAAGCUAAAAAAGAAGAAGAUGAAAGAUGGUUCUCUAAAAAUAGUGAAAGUAAAAAAAGAAAAAAUGAGAAUAAAAAAGAAAAGAAAGAAAUCAGAGGAUCAGUCUGAUGGUGAUAGACGAGAAAGUGGUACAAUAGAUGAGAGGUUGAUGAAGCGGACACUAAUAAGACGCAAGGAAGCAGAUGCCAAACGGCGCAAACUGUGGGCCUUGAUAUGCCGCAAGGAGAUACCCAGGACCCAAAGACAGAAAUCAUCGGCUCGUAACAACACACUGAGUAACGCCAAAAAGCUUGCUCAACUUUGCCAGAAAGAGAGACGUAGGGAGGCUCAGAGGUCACAGAAAAUUGCCCAACAAACCGUACCAAGAGCACGGAGACUAGUUCGUGAGAUGAUGGUGUACUGGAAAAAGUAUGAAAAAGUUGAGAAGGAGCACAGAAAGAGAGUCGAAAAAGAGGCAAUGGAACAAAGAAAGCUGGAUGAUGAACUAAGAGAAGCUAGAAGACAGCAAAGGAAGCUAAAUUUCUUGAUUACCCAGACAGAGCUCUAUGCUCAUUUUAUGGGUAAAAAGCUCAAAGGUAACAAGAUGUCAGCAUCUAGCGACGUGCAGCACAUCCUGAGUAAGCUUGAUGAGCCUUCUGAUAAGAGUAAGAUCAAGUCAGUGUCUGGGGGAGUUUUAAUUGACAUGGAAAACUCCGAUAACUAUGAUGCCAGAGCAAUGAAAAUGGAAGCCUUAGCCAAUGCUGAAAAUGCAUUCAGACUUCAAGAGGCCAAGAGGCAAGCAUUUGAUGUUAACUCCCAGGAGUCUGGAGGAUCCAAGAAAAUCGCUUUGUCCCAGGAGUCCUUCGAUGUAAACUUUAGUUUGGCAAAUCCAAACAUCAGCGGAGAAGACCACCCCCAGCCCAACCUCUUCCAAGGAAAGCUAAAAACUUACCAACUGAAGGGCAUGAACUGGUUGAUUAGUUUGUAUGAGCAGGGUAUCAGUGGUAUACUUGCCGACGAGAUGGGUCUUGGAAAAACUGUGCAGUCCAUUGCCUUUCUCUCAUAUCUAGCAGAGACCCACAAUAUUUGGGGCCCUUUCUUGGUUGUUGCCCCAGCAUCAACUCUACACAACUGGCAACAGGAGGUGUCCAGGUUCAUCCCUCAGUUCAAGGUUCUACCUUAUUGGGGCAACCAAGGGGACAGAAAAUCUCUAAGGAAAUUCUGGAGUCAGAAACAAACUCACAUCAGUGACAGGAAUCAUGCGCCUUUUCACCUGCUAAUUACAAGCUACCAGUUGGUUGUCCAAGAUGUCCGGUAUUUCCAACGCAUCAAAUGGCAGUACAUUGUGUUAGAUGAAGCCCAAGCCAUCAAAAGCAGUUCAAGUGUACGGUGGAAGAUCUUGCUUGGAUACCAGUGUAGGAAUAGACUUCUACUAACAGGAACCCCAAUACAAAACAGCAUGGCAGAGCUGUGGGCUCUGCUGCAUUUUAUCAUGCCAACUCUGUUUGACAAUCAUGAGGAAUUCAAUGAGUGGUUCUCCAAAGACAUAGAAAGCCACGCAGAGAACAAGUCCCUCAUAGAUCAAAACCAGCUUUCUCGUUUGCACAUGAUCCUGAAACCAUUCAUGUUGAGGCGAAUCAAGAAAGAUGUUGAAAAUGAACUCUCUGAAAAGAUUGAGAUCAAGCUGGUGUGUGGGUUGACAACAAGGCAAAAAUGGCUUUAUCAAGCAGUCAAGCAAAAGAUCUCUAUUGACGACCUAGUCUACACCUCAGCAUCAUCAUCAGCCACAUCUGCCACCACAAGCAGCCUGAUGAACCUUGUCAUGCAGUUCAGGAAGGUGUGUAAUCACCCUGAGCUUUUUGAGAGGAGAGAUGUCACAUCACCUGUCACAGUGCAGCUUCCACCGUAUGUCAUCCCCAAGUUAAUCUACAGGAAAGGGAUCACCUCAAGGAUGUCCCCCUUUAGAACAAAAAUCCUGAGAAAGACCUUGAACAUCUGGAGAUCAGACUACAUUUCCAGUUCCCUGAACUGCUCUUCUAGACAAAGAGUUCCAGAAAGUGAGUGCUUUUCCUUCUUGCGGUUUGCUGGUAUAUCUCUUGAGGAGGCUUCUAUGAUGAUGCUAGGAAGCCCAUCACACAGACUGCUGUUGUUACUGAUUCUUCUGAGGAAAGUCAUGUUGCUCCACCACAAACGAUCAUGGUCACCGAGCAAGUCAUCUUCAAGGCUCUUGGGUAAAGAUGAUUUGAUCCUUUGGCCUAGUUGGCCAACGUCAUUUUCAAGUGUUCACUCAAGUACCACCCUGUCAGGACUUGUCUUCACUGGCUACACACGACCAUUCCUUUCGCAUGUCACAGAACAUAUUCGUCCUAUUGUCACAGAAGAGGAAAGACAGCUGACCAAAAGAAAGCCACCAGUGGCUUCACCUCUCUCACCAACAAAUCGAAACAUACCACACCAUAAACCUGUGACACCAACUUCGCCACUGAAGCAUUCCACUUCAGGACCUUUCUCUCCACCAAGACAUCACGGGCAUGGGGGUCUUGAGGCAAUCCAGACAUCCAAACACCAGCAGGACCAGCAUCAUCACCAUCACCACCAUCAUCACCAUCGACAUCACAAGCACCGAUCAUCAUCUGGUCACUCUACAACAGAAGCAUCAGGGAGGCGGGCAAGUGAUCAUUCACAUGAGAUGAGAGCAACUCCACUUGAUAGCAGACAUGGUAUAGCUGCAGCCGCCAUGAAGUACCCACAAACUAGAAAUCACCGUCCAUUGGACGCAUCCAGAAUGCUGAUGGUGUAUAUGCCAAAGGUGGUUGCAGUGUGCGAGCUGAGCUACUGCAGUGAUCGCAGUGCAGCCUAUGAGCAUCAAGAGCUAGCACGUGGCGGACCAGAUGAGUCUAGGAACCUUUUACUGUAUGGCGCACCUGAGGCCGUGGACAUGAAAGAGUACAGAGCUCACCUUUUCCCGCCACCCCUUGGUGGGCUGGAGGCAACGCAGCCAAGCAAAGGCUGGUCCUUUGUCCAAAUGCCAAAUCGUAAUUCUGUGAUCUCGGAUAGCGGUAAGCUGACUGUGCUGGAUGGACUUCUGACCAAGCUGAAGUUACAAGGUCACAGAGUGCUUAUCUACUCGCAGAUGACCAGGAUGAUUGACAUCUUAGAGGAAUACAUGACUUUCCGUAAGCACAAGUACAUGAGACUUGAUGGCUCUUCCAAGAUUUCGGAUCGCAGAGACAUGGUUGCUGACUUUCAGAACAAUAAAGACAUCUUCGUUUUUCUGCUGAGUACUCGUGCAGGAGGCCUGGGCAUCAAUCUGACGGCAGCCGACACAGUCAUUUUCUACGACAGCGACUGGAACCCGACAGUGGACGAACAGGCGAUGGAUCGAGCACAUCGCUUGGGUCAGACCAAGCAAGUCACAGUGUACAGACUAGUGACGAAAAACACAAUCGAGGAGCGGAUUCUGCAGAGAGCAAGGGAGAAAAGUGAGAUUCAGAAGAUGGUCAUAUCCGGCGGGAACUUCAAGCCAGACGCACUCAAGCCCAAGGAGGUUGUUUCACUGCUGUUGGACGAUGAAGAACUCGAGAACAAAUUUCUUCAGCGACAAGCAGAGAAAAAGGCAGACGAGCAACGGAAGAGGAGAGAGCGGAAGAGGAAAAAAGGUGGAACAGACGAGGGUACCUCUUCACCAAGUAUCGAGAUAUCUGAAACCUCCACCCCUCCCCCCAAGGCGAAGAAGGGUCGUAAAAGCAAGAGCUCGCUGUUCCCGCCAGCCCCAGAGGGGGUACCAACAGCAUCCGUGCCUCCAUCCGAGGCGAGCAGCGUUAAUGGUGACGCUUCCGCGAGGCUUGAGGGAGCUGAUGCAGACGAUAUCAGUGUCAUGAGCCUGGACGAGAUUUCCAUGGUGUCUGGCGACGGCUCUCUGUACAGCAUGGAUGCACCCCCGAGCUCCAGUGCCACUCCCUUCAAUGAAGAUUCACUGCUCGGCGACGCAGAACCGAAGAGCGAGACUGCUAGCCCCUCCACAGCAGAAGGCAAACGUGGCAGAGGGCGUGGCAGAGCGAGAGGGCGUGGUCGAAACAGAGGAAGAGGCACUGCUCCUAUUCGCACAUCUCGGGGCCGAGGCCGUGGUCGGGGAGGCACUGGGGUCAUGGCAGCAUCAGCCGCGGCAUCGGCGGCGGCGGCAGCAGCCUCUGCCGCAGCUUAUGCAGCAUAUGGUUUCACCUUCCAGGGCACGCCUACCCCUCCGCCACCUGCGGCAAGGUCGAGCCCUGUUGCUUUUGGCUCUGGAGGGUCGACUGUACCUGGCAGUGCUGUCACUCAUCCCGUGCCUCGAUACGAUAACUCAAGCGCGAAUAGUAGUCCAGCUAGGCAUAGGGAUGUGGAGAAUUGACGUCCUAGUGUCAUUUCUCCGUAUUAAAGAUUUUUCAUAAACCGCCUUGUAAAAAAUUACGGCAGGGAAAGAAUGGCUAUAUGUUCAAAUUGUCGCCAUUAUUUCUGCGAUUAAUUUUUAUCGUUGUGUGUGUAACAUAUUGUGAAAACCGUUUAUACGCCAAGAAUGUUUGGUGAAACUUUUGCGAGCUUAUGAAAACUAAAUCCUGCGAGGCAUUAGUCUACGAUAUAUGAUAAUAUUUAUGAAAAUUGCUUAAAAUUUCAAGGUCUCAUGGCUUAAAUUCCAUUAAUCCGACUUGCAUGUGUCGUGACUUCAGGCAAUGUUUUUUUAAUACCAAAGACUCUCGACAGUUUACAAAAUAUAACAUUCUCCACUUUGUUUUGGUAUUUAAGAAGUAUAUUUGAACCUUUUUCAUUGUAAGAUUGAUUAAGGCAGAUUUAGCUUGCUACUGACAUUAAUAUAUCAUUUGCAUAGGAUUGCAUAGCCAACAUUAUCACACACGUCGGACUAACGCUCUUUAACUAGGCGGUUGAGGUAAAAUUUCUUUUGCACUUCCAAUUUUUUGUGGGUGUGUGUGUGCCCAUAAAUGUCUCUGAUAAUUUGUCUGGACGCUGAAACUCGAAAAUUCUUUCUCGUAAUUGCCUCCUCGUUUGGUCUAACCAAUAAAGUUUUAGUUUUACUGGAAGAUGUUCAAUACGAAAAGGGGGUGUAUGAGGAGGUGGCUGCUUUGUAUGCUAGGUUCUUAGUAAUUUUCAAGGAAAUAGAGUGGUUUUCAUUAACCCGUGAAAAAAAGUGUGAUAGUUAAAGUGUAAUGGUCAGGAAAACACAAAAGAGAACAAUGGAGCGUAGUUCACAGGUUAAUGAAAAUCACUAUUGCACAGCAAGAAGAAUUUCGGCUAAAUGUUUUUAGACAAUUAACCAAAUCUAUAAGUGGGGAUCUCUUUGAGAUCUAAAGACUUCAUAAGACGCUUUUUAUUACAUUCUAUGUCCAUAGUUCUGGUUGUAUGAAUAUUCCUCUUGGAAAGAAUUUGUGUAAUAUAUGUGCUGUAAGAUCUUUUGAAAUUCAGUCUCCAGAAAAAGCAAUAAAAGAAAACAAGAGUGA